AUGGCUCCUAUGGUGAUUCGCACUUUUUCUGAUUUGGUGAACAAAACAAGGGUGGUUGAAGAGUAUGCCAAGACUGUAGCGGUAUCCAAGGAUACUCAUGGAGGGAAUACUAGUAAUGGACAUGGCAAGUAUUUCCAUCCUAGAGGUCAGAGUUUCAAGAGAGGAGGACAUACGUCUGAAGGGCAAGGAGGCUUCGGGAAGAACCCUCAGGAUAAGUUUCAGCGUGGCAAAGGAAGAGAAAAUCAGAGUAAGAAUUCUCUGGAUUUGACUUGUGUGCGUUGUGGACGUUUUCAUCCAUAUUACUCUUGCAAGAUUGGUUUAGGUGGAUGUUUCAACUGUGGCUUGCCUGGUCAUUUUGUGAGGGAUUGCACACGUGGGAAGAACCCAAGUGUGGGUCAGAGUCAGCACCAGGGGCGAGUUUUUGCUGUGAAUGUCAAUGAUGCUUCUAAGGCAGAUCCUUUGAUGAGAGAUAUAUGUCUUAUUGGUGAUAAAAUAUUAAUUGUAUUGUAUGAUACUGGGGCUUCGCAUUUUUUUGUUUCGUUUGCUAAAGUUGAGGAAUUAGGCUUGAAAGUGUCAGAAUUACCAUUUGAUCUGCAUGUACAUACUCCACAUCAGACAGUCACGACUAGGUCAUGUUGUAGGCAAGUAGGAUUUAAACUUGAGGGUAGAGACUUUGUGCAUGAUUUGAUCUGUUUACCAAUGGUUGGGUUGGAGAUAUUUUGA